AUGUCUGCACGCGCUGGUGUCCUGGAGGAGCUGGUUAAACAUGUUCAUCUGAACCAACACCGUCAGAGUUUCUUUUUCUUUUGUCGUCUUUGAUUCUUCCAUCAGAGGAAAACGUCCAGAUUUCAUGGACGUAAAGAUUUAUUCAAACGGUGGCUCCGGAUCGAGAAGAUCUGAUUGGACAUUUGGGGACCGCAGUAUCCGGACAUGAGAAGGCGAUCGACUGACAGCAGAAACUGCUGGAUGUGUUUAAAGCCUGAAAGCUGCGACCAGACGUCCAGCUGCUGUUGGUGAGGAAAGACGAGGAUCCUCCUGAGCAGCAGGACUGGAGAUCCAGUCUGGACCAGGAGGACCCAGCAGAGCCGCCUCACAUUAAAGAGGAACAGGAGGGAGAGCAGCUUGGCGGGCCGGACGAGGCUGAUAUCAACGAAAUGUCUACGUUUCAGGAUCAGAAACAUGGAUUCAAACGGCAGCUGCUGACUGCGACUCGAGAAGAUCUGAUUGGAUAUUUUGAGACAACAAUAUCCGGAUAUGAAAAGAAGAUCGCUCGGCAACAAAAACUGCUGGAUGUGGUUUUAAAGCCUGAAAUAAAGCUGCGAAGAACAGACGUCCAGCAGCUGUUGGUGAGGAAAGACGAGGAUCCUCCUGAGCAGCAGGACUGGAGAUCCAGUCUGGACCAGGAGGACCCACCAGAGCUGCAACACAUUAAAGAGGAACAGGAGGAGCUGUGGACCAGUCAGGAGGGAGAGCAGCUUGGUGGGCCGGAGGGGGCUGAUAUCUGCAACAUGCCAGCAUUUAAGUAUCUGAAAGACUUAUUCAAACGGCAGCUGCUGACUGAGACUCGAGAGGAUCUGAUUGGAUAUUUUGAGGCAACAAUAUCGAGGUAUGAAGAGGAGAUCGCUCGGCAACAAAAACUGCUGGAUGUGGUUUUAAAGCCUGAAAUAAAGCUGCGAAGAACAGACGUCCAGCUGCUGUUGGUGAGGAAAGACGAGGAUCCUCCUGAGCAGCAGGACUGGAGAUCCAGUCUGGACCAGGAGGACCCAGCAGAGCCGCCUCACAUUAAAGAGGAACAGGAGGAGCUGUGGACCAGUCAGGAGGGAGAGCAGCUCGGAGGUCUGGAGGAGGCUGAUAUCACCAAGUUCACUGUCACUCCUGUCCCUGUGAAGAGUGAAGAAGAGGAUGAAGAGAAACCUUCGUCCUCACUGCUUCUUCAGGGCCAGACUGAAGGGAACAGAGCUGCAGAACAUCUGAAAACAGAAAAUGGUAAAGGAGAGGACUGUGGAGGAUCAGAACCAGCCAGGAACUCAGAUCCAGAUAGACCUGAUCCUGAUAAUAAGGCCUCAGACUUUUCUGAAGCUGAGAGUGACGAGUGUGAUGAAGACUGGAAAGAGCGUGACAGAAAGUCGUUUGGCUGCUCUGUGUGCAGUAAAACAUUUAAACAUCGUGGAAAUCUGAACAUACACAUGAGAACUCACACAGGAGUGAAACCCUUCAGCUGCUCUUUGUGCAGUAAACGGUUUACUCAGAAAGCAGGUCUGGACUAUCACCUGAAGACCCACACUGGAGAGAGACCGUUCAGUUGCUCCGUUUGUGGGAAAACAUACAGACACAAAGGAGCUCUGACGUACCACAUGGCGACCCACACGGGGGCCAAACCAUUCAGCUGCAGCGACUGUGGCAAAAGGUUCAGAGGGACGUCGCAGCUCAAGAGCCACAAGUGUGUUAGUGAGUCAUCGCAGCGUCACAGGAGCCCGAGUGACAAACGCAAGAAACCUCUGAGCUGCCCCGAAUGCGACGCCACGUUUCCUAAUAAUUACCUCCUGAUGACCCACAUCAGGAUGCACAAAGGCAAGAAGCUGUUCACCUGCACGGUUUGUGGUAAAAAACGUCAGUUCAGUUCUCAUCUGGAGAUUCACAUGAGGACGCAUACGGGAGAGAAACCGUACAGCUGCACCGUCUGUGGAAAAAGGUUUUCACAGAGAGGGAUUAUGACGCAGCACAUGGCCGUCCACUCCGGAGUGAAGCCGUUCAGCUGCGGCGACUGUGGGAGGAGAUUCUUCUGGCAGUUCCAGAUCAAAAAACACAAGUGUGUCGGCGAGUCCUCUCAGCAGAGACGAACGAGCUUCAAUGGAAAGGACUCUGGAGGAUCGGAACCGGGCGAGAACCUGGAUCCGUGUGGACAUUUAACAGCAGAUCCCGACAAAGAGACCGAGCUGUCUUUUGAAGCUGAUGACGGUGUUGACGUUGACUUUUGGAAAGAGACCAGGCAGCAUCAGUCAGGCUUCACUUAUCGUAGAACUAAAAAAGUUUCUGUCGGUGAUGGAUGUAAUACUGGCAACAAAACACUGAGCUGCUUUGACGACAUCACUAAACCUGAACCUGUUAACAUCGAUAUGUGCAGACACCAGUCCCGUCUCCACCACCUGAAGAAUGAGUACGUCUCUGUCGGUGGAUCGAAUGUCGAAAAGAAAGCGUUCGUCUCCUCUGAACACAGUCUGCAGACACACAGGAGGAGUCACGCAGGACAGAAACCGUUCGGCUGCUUAUUCUGUGGCAAAGGAUUCACCACAGGAGGACACCUGACGAGACACGUAUCCGUCCACGUCGGAGAGAAACCACUCGGCUGCAUCGUUUGUCAGAAAAGCUUCUCUUCGGAGUCGGAGCUCGUAAACCACAGAUGUGACGUCGAGUCCUCGCAGACGGAGCAGAUCACAGCCAGCAGGCUGUUCGGCUGCUCUCAGGACGGGGGGGGGUUCGGCCCUGAGCACCUUCUGCAGGUACACAUGAGGAUUCACGCAGGGGGGAAACCGUUCAGCUGCUCGGUUUGUGGUAAAACGUUUGGCAGGCGGGAGAGUUUGAGUUUUCACAUGACGUGUCACACAGGGGAGAAGCCUUUCUGCUGCUCGGUGUGUCACACGGCUUUCAUCGACAGCGAGUCUUUAGUGAAACACAUGAGAAUCCACACGAGACAAACGCAGUUCAGCUGCUCCGUCUGUGGGAAAGAGUUCGCGUGGAGGAGAUAUCUGACGAAGCACAUGGAAGUCCACGCCAAGGAGAAAAUCUACAGGUGCAAUGUUCCCGACGGAGGAUCCGCUCGUCUUCAUCAGCUCAGUGAGCGUCAGAGUGUCGGCGAGGCCUCGCAGCUUCAUCGAAGCCAGACUGAGGAGAGUGGAGAGGCAGAGCCUCGGCCUGAACCGAUGGAAACAGGAGCUGAUGGAGAGGACUGUGGAGGACCAGAACCAGCCAGGAACGCAGAUCCAGAUCGACUUCUAACACCUGAUGACGAGACCGAAGACUCCUCCGAACCUGAGACUGAAGUCAGUGCUGGUGAUUGGGAGGAGACCUGCGAGCCUCGGUCAGGUCUAAACUCUCUGAAACAUGCUGAAGCCUCUCACAGUGAAGCAGCACGUCACACAGGCAGGAAACGCUUCAGCUGCUCCGAAUGUGGUGAAACUUUUCACAACCAGAACUUUCUGAACAUUCACAGAGGAAAUCAUCCAGGAGAGAAACUCUUCAACCGCUCAGUCUGUGAGGAGCACAGGGGGGCAAAGCACGAGGACCCAGAGCCCCCACACAUUAAAGAGGAACAGGAGGAGGUCUGGAUCAGUCAGGAGUUCACCUUCAGUCCUGUCCCUGUGAAGACCGAAGAAGAGGACGAAGAGAAACCUCAGUCCUCACAGCUUCAUCAGAGACAAACUGAACAGAUGAAAACAGAAUCUGAUGGAGAGGACUGUGGAGGACCAGGACCAGGACCAGAACCAGCCAGGACCUCAGAUCCAGAUAGACCUUUACAGCCUGAUAGUGGUGACAGCGUGGACAGUGAUUUCUGGAAGGAGACCAGAGAGCGUCCGUCAGGUUUCAACUCUGUGACAAACGAUGAAGUCUCUGUUGUGGGAUGUGAUUCUGGUGUUGCUGAUGAAGAGGCUCCGGAGUGUUCGGACGCUGAGAGCGACACCAGCGCUGACAGCGAUUUCUGGAAAGAUGACCGGAAACCACAGGAGACCCGGAAGAAACCGUACGGCUGCUCCGAGUGUGGCAAAAGGUUUCUGUACGUUCACCACAUGAAGAACCACAUGAAGUUUCACACAGGAAAGAGAGCAGCCUUCUUCUGCUCCGUCUGCGGCCAAGUGUGUCUGUACAGGUCCCAUCUGAAGAUCCACAUGAGGACUCACACAGGAGAGAAACCCUUCGUCUGUCCGGUCUGCGGAAAAAAGUACGCACACAAGGCCAGUAUGCAGUCUCACAUGAGCGUCCACACCGUGGAGAAGCAGCACGCCUGCGGUGCCUGUCACAGAAGCUUUGCUUGGUACACAGAGCUGAAGUACCAUGAGUGUGUGGGUGACCCCCCACCCAGAGGAGAAACCACGUAACUGCACCGAAGAGGAAAACUGCAUCUCUGCACUCUGUGUUGGCAGGAAGUGAAGCCGAGGAGGGGAACACGUUUUACAUCAUUGAUUCAUCUUCUGACUCGUUUCCAGACCAACAGUCCACAAACCAAAGUUCUUCAUCCGACGGUCGUGUGAGAGAACAGCAGCUUUACGUUUCAUCUGAUCGGCUUCUCUUCUUCUGUUGCUUCAGUGAUCAGAAUGGUUGCAGAUCAGUUUCUUCUAUCAGAUAAAAAAGUGUUUUUGAUUCUACUGAAGAGAUUGAAACUCAGUUUGAGCUUCUUUAAAUUAAAAAUGCUUCUUCUGUCCAUACUUUGAUCUGACUCAGACGCUGAUGACUGUGUGUUGGUCUGAUUGGACUCAUCCUGUCUGUGUUGUUUUAUCUAUUCACUGUUAUUUCUACAUGUUAACACGGUGGACCUCAGCAAAAAGUUUGAUGAAGAUGGUUUCUGGUUCUUCUUCUUCUGAUGACAAUAAAACUAAAACUUGAAACUUUGUUGAAGCCGUUCUUGGUGAACUUCCUGUCAGUCUCUGCUUUAUGUUUUAUUAACACCAUCGUACUCCGUCAUGUGGAGGGACGGUCUGUUAAAAACUGAAUUUCUUACCAGACAUCCAGUGUCACUGUUUUAAUGUUCAGACUUGAUGGAGCGAUGCUGAAUUCUUAAAGUGAAGCAGACGGGGCUGAAGUGGGACGUUGACAGAUGUGUUCGUGAGUAUUUUACCUGAAAAUUAGCUGAAAAAACUUCAAUGAAAUGUAACAAAUGUGUUCUUCUGGCUUCAUGUUAUUUAUAUUUGAAUAAACUGAAAAGUGU